AUGGCCUUCUCGCGCAUCCCUUCCACGGUGGUAGACCCUGCGCCUCUCGGGCUGCCGAUCACGUAUAAGCAUUCGGGCAAAACAGCAAGGAACCGAUUCCUCAAAGCGGCUAUGAGCGAACAGAUCUCUUCGUGGGACUCAACGAAUCUUUCAGCGCGUGGAAUACCUUCUAAGGAGGUCAUCAAAGUCUAUCAAAGAUGGGGAGAGGGAGGAUUUGGGCAUAUACUAACAGGAAACAUCAUGGUAGCUUACGAUCAGUUGGAAUCACCCGGUAACCUUAUUAUUCCACCAGACGCGCUGUGUGAAGGGUGCAGAUUUGAAGCAUGGAAAGAAUUGGCAUCCGAGGCCAAAAAACAGGGUAGUCUCAUUUCUGGUCAAGUGAGUCAUCCGGGCCGACAAACCGACAGCAGGCUUCAAGCGAAUCCAAUAUCCGCAAGCGACAUCCAACUGCAAGGUGCAAUGGGCAAGUCAUUCGCAAAGCCAAGACCGGCGUCGCAAGAAGAUAUUGAUGCAGUUAUCGAAGCUUUUGUACAUGCAGCUCAAUAUCUUCAAGCUGCCGGGUUUGAUGGGAUCCAGAUUCAUGCAGCUCACGGGUAUCUCUUGGCACAAUUCCUCUCAAAGACUACAAACAAACGAACGGAUCAGUACGGAGGUGAUUUAAGGAACAGGGCUCGCAUCACUCUGCAGAUAGCAGACGCAAUCCGUAAAAAGGUGCCUGGAUUCACACUGGGGAUCAAAAUCAACAGCGUCGAAUUCCAGGACCAAGGAUUCACUCCAUCCGAGGCUGUUGAACUCUGUGCCUUACUGGAAGAGGCCAAGUUUGAUUGGGUUGAGUUGAGUGGUGGUACGUAUGAGGAUCUCGGACCCCUCGAAGGCAAACGAGCAAGCACACAGAAGAGAGAGGGAUUCUUUUUAGAAUUUGCAGAGAUGAUGAAACUUCAAGACACGAAGAUUUACAUCACGGGAGGGCUUCGAACGGUACAAGGAAUGGUUGCAGCAUUGAGCACCGUGGAUGGUGUUGGAUUGGGACGGCCUGUUGCUCAAGAAUUCAGCCUACCGAACGAAAUCCUGCAGGGAAAGGUGACUGGAGCAAUCGAGCAACAAGUAGACCAGUCCAGUUUUGGUUUGACCACGGUUGUUGCAGGCACACAGAUUGGACAGGUCGGAAAAAAUCAGCAACCUAUCAACAUGGGGAUCAAAGAGAACGCAAGCAUCUUCAUGAAGAGCUUUGGAACUUUUAUGGAGGAACUUGCCGAAGGUGUGUCGAAAAAUGCUUUUUCUGGACUCUCUAACGUGUUGCAGAUGCAAACACGAUGA